AUGGGAGGGGCGAUCCCUUCCUUAGCCUCUGGCGCAGGCGGCGAGUCUGACAGGAAGUCUAUCCAUGCUCUCAAUGGGCGAGGUGCCGGGGACGAUCGACUGUCCAAGAUGUCGAAGCUCCGGGAGCGCCAAUCAAAGGUUGUGCAGGCUUUGAAACGCCGUACGACUGAGAGCUCAGGUCAAGGGGAUUCCCCGCGAACGGAACUUGCUCGCCAGAUGUCUGGCCUGUCAGAUGGUGGGCAGCAAACCUUCGGGGACCUCACGGCCAGAACGCUUAGCAGACAAAACACCGCCAUCAGCUUGGAUGGAAACGAGACCCAAGCCGCGCCGCGAAUCAUGACCGUGAACGACAUGACGAGAGUCCUCCUGGAGGUUCGGGAUUCUCAGGACACGUUGGUCGAGAAGCUCUUGGCCGCCGCAGGGGGCACGGACGAGCGCUGCCAGGAGACGGUGCAGCUUCUAGCUGAGCUCACCAACCGGGUCGACGUCCAAGGCCAAGAGAUGAUGAGUGCCCGUGCAACCGAUCAGAAGGAGGCUUCAGAGACUCUCCGGGAGCUCAUGCAGCACAUGGAGGCGCUUCAGGCCCAGGAAUCUGCGCAGCUGCAGGAGCUCCGCGGGGCCCGCGGCGACAGCGCCCGGAGCUCUGAGGAUCACCAGAAGCGUCUGAGCGGUGUGGCCGACGAACUGCAGUCGCAGGCGCUGGUUCUCAAGGCCUUGCAGCAGGCAUCGAAGGACACAACUUCGCAGCUGAGAGAAGAGCUUCAAGCGCAGGACCCUCGCUCCCAGAUCGGUGAGCUCAGCAAGGAGACGGCGAAGCUCCUUUCUGACCUGGGCCGCCAGGUGGAGUCCCUUCGCAGCCCAGAGGUCCCAGAGAGGGUGUCGGAGCUGCAGAGGGGCUUCGAGGCACUGCAGCGGAGCGUCGAGGCCUUGAGGACCAGCGAAUCCCAGCACAUGGCCGAGAUGCAGAGAUCUGCGGAGAGUAACUCUCAGUCUCUACAAUACCUCCGCGCGCAGGACACGGGGCAAAAGAUCAUCGAGUUGCAGCGGCUCGUGGAGACACAGUCGAGGAGUUUGGAGGCCGCCCGCAGCCAGGACGCCAUGGAGUUGCGGCGGGUCGUGGAGGCCCAGGGAGCCCAGCUGUCGGAGGCCUUGCGGAGCCAGGACCCCGAGAAGAAGCUGAGCGAUCUCCGGAAAUCCACUGAGGCGCUGGCAGACCUUCUGCAGGAGAUGAAGCCUAGAGUUCAGGAGACAUCUGCCGGCCUGGGCUACAUCACGACAGCCAUGGCCACCCACAGUACGGGUUUGCAGGACCUGACAAGCCAGGCCGUCGCACGCCACCAGGCUAUGUCCCAGUCUUUGACGGACCUGCGGCUGACCGUAGAUGGCUUGGUUAAGCCCGCCUCAGUCGAGGAACUUGGCACCAAAGUUGGUGAGAUCCAGCAAGCAUUGGUCAACCAGGAGAAGCGGAGCGAUCAGCGGGAUGUUUCCCUUGAGGCUGCCUUCGAGGAGACCUUGAAGACCAUCAAGGAGAGCUUCAAUGGCUUCAGCCAGAGCUCCGUCGAGCGACACGAGGGCCUGAGCAGCGCGCUCGAUGCUCUUCGUGCGCAGAUAGAGGCCUUCGUUUUCUGCGAGGUGGCCCAGCAGCACAGCCAGCAACAGCUGGCGGAGGAACUGCUGGAGUCCACAAAGACGGCCUCACAGGCACAGUCUUCGGGGUUUCGAGAUGCUUGUGAGCAAGUCACCUCCUCAACCCUGGAUGCGCUGAGCUCCCUGCAGAGAAGAUUCGAGGACACGGACGGCGGGGUGCAGUCCUUGCAAAGCAGUGUCUCCUCGCAAAGUCGUCAGUUGGAGCAGCUGCAGAAGCAGGUGCUUGCGCAACAAGAAGCUUCACAGGCUCAAAGCCGCGAGCUCCAAGAGCUUCGAAAAGGGCUGGCCAAUGAGGCUGCCUGCGAGGGUCUCCGGAGGGAGCUGGAUGCCUCAAAGAUCCGCCAGGACUCCCUGGAAGCUGAGAAGAUCGCCAGGGCGAAGGUCUGGGAUGAGGAACGAACGGGCCUGGAGAAGGAG